UUCGUCUUGCUUCUGCUUCUUCUGCAUCUCCCACCUCCCCACCUCAACUCGAUCGCCUCGCGACAAUCCCAGCGACCGCUUUGACUGGCGCAUUGCAACCGUUCCCUUACUCCGGUCGGUCCAGUUCUGUCCGCGCCGAGCCAGCAAUUCUCAACCAUCAGCCACGACCUCAACUCAUCUACACACCCACCAAACCAUCACAAUGUCCUCCCCACCCCCACCGCCGACCAACCCUCUCAAACGCCCCUCCAUCUCCUCCACCUCCUCGCAACCACUGGGCACGAACCCGAAACGCGCCCGCAUGCACCCCCUGCGCCAGACCUCCUUCCCGAGCACGAUGGACCUCGACUCCCGCACGUUCAGCGACGCCGGCAGCGUGACGGGCAGCUUCACGGGCAGCCUGGGCGGCACCAGCGCGGACGGGGUGUUUCUGACCAAGGGCAAGAAGCGCGGCCGGAAGAGUAAGGCGGAGAAGGAGCGCGAGCGGGAAGAAAGUCUGCGGGCGGGGAUGGAUCGUUCGGGGUCUGUGGAUGCGGAGGGCAUGUCCAUGAGGGCUGGGACGGCAGGGAGUGGUGUUGGUGUUGGUGGUGGUGGUGGUGGUGCGGGCGGAGAGGAUGCGGAUGAGGAUGAAGAUUUUGAUGAUGAGGGGGAACUGUUGGGGAGGGAGGAAGGGACGACGGAUACGGAGGCGGAGAAGAAGAAUCUUGCGUUACUGGUCGACGCGUUUAAUCCUCUACAGUCCGAACGGUAUGAUCUGUUCAAGCGAGCCAAGUUACGGAAGGAGACGCUGCGGAGGAUUGUCAAUCAUGCCCUCUCGCAGUCGGUGCCGGCCAGUGUGGUCACGACGAUCAAUGGGUUUACGAAGGUGUUUGCGGGCGAGAUCAUCGAGAAGGCGCGGACGGUGCAGGCCGAAUGGGCGCUGGCUCAUGACCAGGCGGCAAUGGCCGCGUUGGAGGCCGAGCAGGCGAACAACCCAUCCUCAUCCUCCUCCUCAUUGGCAUCGGCAUCGGCAUCGGCAUCCCACCCCCUUCCUGCGCCAAGAAAAGAGGCCAAUGCCAAUGCCAAUGCCAAUGCCAAGCUGCCGCCAAAUCCCCACCGCGGCCAACUGCUGCCCUCGCACCUGCGGGAGGCGCUGCGACGGUACAAGCGGGACGGCGAAGGGGGCGGCGUCGGAUUCUCAGGUCUUAGUAUGGGCAACCUGGGGGUGCGAGGGUCGGUGACAUGGACGGCUGGCAGUGUCGGCGGGCGGCGGAUCUUCCGCUGAUCUGGAUGAUGUGCUGAGAUGAUUAUUGAUUGCAUGAGGCCGAGGUGACAGGUCAGUCAGUUGUCGCAGAUAAGCUGCUGUUAAUAGUUAAUCAAUGCAAUGCAAUGAAAUGAAA